AUGUCUACUACACAUGCAUCUCUAGGCGCCGCAGCAGAUGAGCGGAAGGCGCGUCUCGCAAAACUCAAGUCCCUAAAGCGCAAACAGCCCAGCGAUGAAAUCGUGGCCCCGGAAUCGACGCGCUCCCCCUCUCCCCCUGCCGAACCGGACGUGACAAAACUACACCUCUCGGGACGCAAUUAUGAUCCAGAAGCUAAGGGACCGAAGCUGGGGUUUGAGGCGCCGCCGAUGUUAGCCUUCGAUAAGACAUUGGAGCAGCAAGCAAGGGAGGUCGAAGAGGAAAUCAGGAGGAAGGCCGAGGAGGAAGAGCAAGAUGACAAGGGCGUCGAUCUGUUCAAGUUGCAGCCAAAGAAACCUAAUUGGGACUUGAAGAGGGAUCUAGACAAGAAGCUGGAGAUCCUCAACGUCCGGACGGAGAACGCAAUUGCGAAGAUGGUACGGGAGAGGAUCGAAGGAGCGCAACAGGCAGCGACAGCCAAGUCAGGGAAGGGGGCAGUUUCUGCAAGUGAAGGCGGAGAUGAGGUGGGCAUGGAAGGUGUUGCUUUGGUUGAAAGCGUUAAGUUGAGGGAACGAGAGGAGGUAGAAGACGAGCGGCGGGAGAAGGAAGAUGAAGAAAUGCAAUGA